AUGCUGGUCAAGGCAAGAAAGAUAGCAGUUGUUGGUUCUCGUUCAGUUGGGAAGUCAUCAAUGACAGUAAGAUUUGUUGAAGAUCAUUUUGUUGAAAGUUAUUAUCCAACCAUUGAAAAUCAAUUUAGUAAAUCAAUAAAUUAUAAAAAUCAAGAUUAUGCCAUUGAAAUAUUGGAUACUGCAGGACAAGAUGAAUUUAGUAUUAUGAAUGAGAAACAUCUAAUAGGAAUACAUGGAUAUAUAUUGGUCUAUUCUGUUACUAGUAGACAAUCCUUUGAAUUGAUUGAAUUCAUUAGAGAUAAGAUUUUGAAUUCGAUUGGAAAUGAUGAAUUACCAAUGGUUUUGGUUGGGAAUAAAAGUGAUUUAAAUUAUCAAAGACAAGUUGAUACUAAAGAAGGUGAAGAAUUAGCUAAAAGAUUUAAAUGUAAGUUUUUAGAAACUUCAGUUAGAAAUAAUGUGAAUAUAAAUUCAGCAUUUGAAAGUUUAAUUGAUGAAAUUGAAAAAAUACAAAAUCCAAUUAUUAAACGAGAUGAUAAAUGUAUUGUUAUGUAA